UUCUGCUGCAGUGGCAGAGAUUGUAUAAGCCAAAUAGAGCAGGUUGAGGACAUUCCAUGACAACAUCGAGAUCCCGACCCCUUCGCAAUGGCCGCUUACUAUACCUUUGAGGAUCUCUCUGGGGGAGGUGCUGGCGACAAGAAGACUGAUAACCCAUAUCACGAUCUCAUUGAAUCUUGUUCGAACGAUCGAGCUCAGAUACAGAAGCGCUACGAGAACCACCGGGUGAAUCGAAAUGGCCAACAGAAAGAAAAGUUGCUAGCUCCAGACUUUCCUGGUGUGACGAUCGACGAGAUUCUGGCCAAGCUGGAAAAUCCUCAGCAGAACACAGGCUAUGAAGAUCCAAGACACUGUCUAGUCUUCUGGGCAAGGCCUACCACGCAAGUCAAGGCCAUGGUGGCAGAAAUCCAGCAAGCAUUGAAAAAGGUGGCUCCAAGCCUUUGGCUCAUGCCGCAGACAAACCUUCACAUGACAGCGCUGGAAGUGACGCAUUCUCUUACCGCACCUGAGAUUGAUGCCCUGGUGGAACAGAUCCGACCACAUGCGGAGAGUAUCACGGACUUUACGCACGAUCACAGGUGCAGGUUGGUGAAGCCCAUGGUGAGCUUCGAUGCUCAGGCUCUGGCACUUUCCUGGCUUCCAGCUUCGAGUGAGCCUACACACGCAGACAGAUCUGCUGAGGCCGAUGACUAUACAUAUCACCACCUUCGACGAGAUCUCUUCAGUCUUGUCUCUGGGACGGGUGUGAAGGUUGCCAGUAGAUAUGUGAUUCCAUCUGCCCACUUGACUAUUGGUCGAUUCAUUACGAAAUCGGACUUCGAAACGAGGGACGGGAGCGUGGAUAGGCAGAAGGUUGCUCAGCUUGUAGAGGAGAUUGAGAAGAUCAAUGGCUGGUUGAAAGAGAAGUAUUGGCCCAGAGAGGGUGAGGAUGCGAAGGCAGGUAGUGAAUGGGUAGUGGGCGAAGAGAGAGGUCUGGAUUUCAGGAAGGGUCAGUUAUGGUAUGGAGCGGGUGAAACUGUGAGACUCGGGAAGGGAUUUUGAGAAAGCCGUUUGGGUUCCGUGAACGACAGCAGAGCACGAUACAGUAGACGAUAUGUGAUAGAGAAGCCAGUAAGCCAACCUCGAAAUUGGCAUCUCGGCGAACUUGACCUCCUUC